UGAACCAGCGAUGUGAAAAGGCCUGCACGUUGCCCACGGCAUCUUCAGAUCAUGCGGCAGUGCUGGCCUCAUUUGCAAUAGGCAAAAUGGAGACGGGUAGACCACCCGCAUCUGUCCCUGCGUGGGUCUUCUCCUGUCCGGACUAUCGGCCGAUCGUGCUACGCUUUUGGGAAGAUUGGGCUGAGCAAUGCCCCCAGGAAGAGUACCUCCCACGGAUCACCGAGGCCAUCGCCGCCCUCCGAAGCAUGCUGCUGUCUAAGCUGCGAGUGCAACGCAUGGCGCACCAGCGAAUAGGACAAGAAUACGUGGAAAGGUUGCUCAUGCUGGACAAAGGGCCCGGAGAUACUGAUGAGGAUGAGUGGUGGGCGGAGCAAGUGGAAUUAGCACGACAAUGGAGGGAAUCGCAGAUGGAGGACGCAACAUGUUGGGGGCACAGGAAUAAGGAGGCAUGGAUUGUGGUGGGCGAGAAGAUGGCCAGACGCUUUUUCGCCGAACUUAAAAAAAAGAAAGCAUCCACAGUCAUGACUGCAAUGACGCACCUGUUCGACCUAACAAUAGGCCGGCAGGACACCACGCGGGGCAUCCUCAAGUGUGUAACCGACUUAUAUAAGGACCUGCUCACCGAAGAAGAGACGUGGUCCUCAGAGGCCAUGGCAACCCAGGCAGAGAAUGAGGUGUGGCAGCACGUCCGAACCCGGUUGGAUCUGGACUGCAGCUGCCGGCUUGAUCAGGACAUCUCCAAGGAAGAAGUGGAAGCAGCAAUUCGGGAGCUAUCGCGCCUCAAAGCAUCAGGCCUCGACGGGAUGCCGAUCGAGCUUUUCAAGGAGUUUAAGUGUUUCUUCGCCACGCUCUUAACCCAGGCAUUCAACGAGGCCCUGAUGCACGACUCACUUCCCGUGGGCUUUGCGGACGCCUAUGUUGUUCUGUUGUAUAAGAAGGGGCCCAAGGAGGAUGUUAAAAACUGGCGGCCAAUUUCAAUUUUGAAUGCUAUCUAUAAGAUAUUGGCCAAAGUCAUGGCUACCAGAGUCAAUGGAGUGCUGCCCAGGCUGAUCCACCCUACGCAGACGGGUUUCGUCCCUGGCCGGCAAAUAGUGACAAACAUCUUGCUGGCGCAGCAGUUGCUUGAGGAAGGUGAGGUGUCAGGGCAGUCACUGGCCUUUAUCUCCAUAGACCUCCAGAAAGCUUAUGAUAGGGUCAGAUGGGAAUUCCUACUGCAAGCAAUGGCCAGGCGAGGUUUUGGGUCCACCUUCAGGGGAUGGGUCAGGACUAUGCUCAACCAAGCGUACACAGUCAUGCAAGUCAACGGAGUAAGGUCGGAAAGGUUGAAAGUAACUCGCUCCGUGAGACAGAGGUGCCCCCUCUCCCCUGCUUUGUAUGUAAUCUACAUCGAAUCACUUCAUGAGCUUCUCAGGGGGGAUUUGAGACUGCAGGGCCUGCGGCUGCGGCAGGGCGAUGAACUCCGAUCUUUGGCUUUUGCAGACGACACGGGAGCUAUCAUCCUGCCCACGGUGCAGCAGCUCCGCUUCCUACAGGAGGACUUGGGAAUCUUUUGUAAGUUCUCGGGAGCGCGAGUCAACUGGGAAAAAUCGCAUGGCGUCUUACCCCCAGAUAUGGAACCGCCCGAAGGUUGGGAUCUCCCAUCUGCCGCCGAAGGCCGGACGCGGUUCCUUGGGGCCAGUAUCGCCCCCAGCUGGGGGGGCGUCGAACAAAUGCCCAUGCAGGCGGUGGCGGCGACAUCCAAGCUUAACGCGUGGGCCAAGGCAGUGCACUUGGGAGUCUUUGGUAAAGCCCUGGUGAUUAAGAACUCCAUUCUGGCCACAUUGUGGUAUGCAGGGGCUAUUCAUAUGUCAGGUAGGCGGACUUUCGCAUACUUGCGACAUGCCAUCCAAGCUUAUCUUUGGUCUAACAACGCAGAUUCUCAAACCUCAAUCUGCAGGGUGGCCUGGAGCAAGCUGACUCAGCCCAGAGCUGAAGGAGGCCUGGGCCUGCUGGAGCCACGGCUGCAGAUGAUGGCCCUCCAGAUGCGGCACUUGGUAUGGUAUACCUGCUGAGAACGGGUGGGGAGCAGUGGCACUCCCUCACCACUCAGCAUUUGGCGUACACCUUACAUUUACCGGCAACACUUGUUG